AGUUUUAAAAGACAAAGAGAAGAAUCAUGUCCAUGAUUGCAGCUUUCUAUAGUGGCAAGUCCAUCCUCAUUACUGGGGCCACAGGCUUCAUGGGCAAAGUGUUGAUGGAGAAGCUGUUUCGCACCAGCCCCGACCUGAAAGUCAUUUACAUCCUUGUGAGGCCCAAGGCUGGCCAGACAACGCAGCAGAGAGUUUUCCAGAUCCUAAAUAGUAAGGAUUUAUGUGCACAGAAUGCAUCAUCACCAUAUAACACCUUGCAGGCAUCACGUUACUGUGUAGCCACGACCCAUGCUUUUCUUUUUGGUCCUUUGGUGCAGCCACAGAAAUCAGAUGGACAUGCCAGUUAUUGGAGUAGACAUGCCGUGCAACUUAACGUCACUGCCACCCAGCAGCUCUUGCUUAUGGCCAGUCAGAUGCCCAAGCUUGAAGCCUUCAUACAUAUCUCCACUGCCUUUUCAAAUUGUAACCUGACGCACAUCGAUGAGGUCAUCUACCCGUGCCCUGUGGAGCCAAAAAAAAUUAUCGACUCCAUGGACAAUGUAAGUAGAAGUUUAGAACCUGGGACCUAUGGGUUCAAAACAUCUCAGGCUGGCAAAGGGUUUCUUCGGUCCUUAAGAGCUACUCCGAUGGCUGUGGCAGAUUUAAUUCCCGUUGAUACAGUCGUCAAUCUCACCUUGGCUGUGGGAUGGUACACAGCUGUUCACAGACCUAAGUCAACAUUAAUCUACCACUGUACAUCUGGUAACCUCAAUCCUUGUAAUUGGAGAAAAAUGGGAUUCCAAGUCUUGGCAACCUUUGAAAAAGUCCCAUUUGAGAGAGCUUUUAGGAGGCCAAAUGCAGACUUCACAACCAACACCAUCACAAGCCAGUACUGGAAUGCAGUCAGCCACCGGGCCCCUGCCAUCAUCUAUGACUUCUAUCUGCGGCUCACAGGAAGGAAGCCCAGGAUGACAAAGGUCAUGAAUCGGCUUUUAAAAACCGUUUCCAUGCUGGAGUAUUUUGUCAACCGGAGUUGGGAAUGGAGCACGUACAAUACGGAAAUGCUGAUGUCUGAGCUGAGUCCUGAAGAUCAGAGAGUAUUCAACUUUGAUGUGCGCCAGUUGAACUGGUUGGAAUACAUUGAAAAUUAUGUUUUAGGAGUUAAGAAGUACUUAUUGAAAGAGGAUAUGGCUGGGAUCCCAGAAGCAAAACAACAUUUGAAAAGGCUCCGAAAUAUUCACUACCUCUUUAAUACUGCCCUCCUCCUCAUCGCCUGGCGCCUUCUCAUUGCAAGAUCUCAGAUGGCUCGGAAUGUCUGGUUCUUCAUUGUGAGCUUCUGUUAUAAAUUCCUCUCCUACUUUAGGGCAUCCAGCACGCUUAAGGUCUAAGAACACUGGGCAAGCUCCUUUUAUCUGGAACCUUUUGGAUACCUCUAAAACAGCAAACUGUGGUUCUCAAGAUUAGGAAGUAACAAAGAAUAUGCCCAAGCUCAUUACCUGUCAAAUGUGUUGUCAUGUCUUCAUGUUUCUUACCUAUAUAUUUUUAUUUCAGUGAGAGAAGGAAAGCAUAUCCUAGCCUAUAAUCAUACAUAUCUUAGGAAAAAUUAUUUCCAGAUUGCUUCCUAACACUCCAUUCUGUGCCCUUGAAUAUAAAACACCAAAGUACAUUUAUCUGUCCAUAUUUAGGUUUUUUUCUCUUGAGAGGACUAAUUUUGACUCCAUGAACAUGGAAGAACACAUGAUAGAAGCUGAAAUAUGCUAAAAGGCAGUUCUAACCUUGGAAUCAUUCUGAGGUACCCAGUAUAAAGGUUUAAAAUCAAGAUUAAGUUGAGGAAGAAUGAUCUUCUCAUCCUCAGAAAUACUGUAAAAGAAAUAAUUCUCUACUGAAAUCUCAGCUUCCUUUUUGUGUUAUACCAUGAAGACUUGAUUGAAGGCUGCGGGAAUUGGAAAAGUGGGUUCACAUUUAGCACUUCCCUCAACUACACCCACUUCUGAAAUCUAAAAAAAAAAAAAAUGAGAUAUAAAUAAUUAUGUACAGAAUGAGGGCUCAAACGUACAUAGUUGCAUUGGGACUGUUUAUGCUUAUAAGUAAAAUUAGUUCUCAUAAUUUGAAACUGACAACUAUUAUUUCCUCAUCUUUUGAAUCACCCAUUUUCCUGAUAACCUUCUCCCAAGAGUUUCCUUUUUGUUCACUGAAGUCACCAAACCCCUUCUAUUUAAGCUUAUUUUGCUCAGGCCUCAGGGUGAGAGUGACUAAUGGGAGGAAGGUACUAGGCUAGAAUCUUAAAAAAAAACAAAAACAGUCCCCUGAUCCUUGCCAGUGAGGAAAGCAAAAUUUUAAAUAUAAAUGUAAAUAUUUAGUCUUUUUCUGCAAUGUGGUGAAGAUUACCCUUCUGUGAUCACCAGGACUUGCUAGUAUCUUGAUCAUUCCACUUGCACAAUGUUAACUGUACAAUGUACAGCUGAAAAGGAUAGACUUCACUAAAUGACUGUCAGUUUAGAGAAUAGGUGUUGUUUAUUUAAAAAUAUUUUAUGUAUAAUACCAAUGAAUUAAUGGGUAAAAACUGUAUUUAUUCUCAAAUCCCUAUAUUAAUAAUAUAACUGUUAUCCUGACUUUCCUCGCAUUUGAGAGAUCAGUGUACGUUGGAUUGCAGCAUUUCAUGUUAAAAACAUGGAAUAUUAUUCAAAUAUAGUAUUUGGGACCUAAGUAACUAAAAAUAAUCACACCUACUAGAAAAUUACACAAGCAUAAACUGGUAAGGAAGGCAGUUAUAAGCAUGCUCACUUUCUGGAAUAAUUAGUAAUACUCAGAAAGCUGCGCAUGUAGUUGCAGUGCACAAGGCUUGAGGGCAGCUUCUCGUCCGGUAUUACUUGAGAUUUUUCUGAACACCAUAAAGGGUAUCUGGGGGGAGCUCUUCUGGGCAGUAUCUUUUCCAAUCUCAUCUAAGGUCUGGGAACUUCUUUCCAGGGCAGAAAAACCAGCUCUGAAGCAAAGCACUUGGUGAUCUUUAGUUUGAGAUGUCUAUAUGAUACUUCUGAGUUACACGGAUUAAGAUACAAACUAUAGAUAUGAUAAAAAUGAAAUCAAGUUAUAAUUCAAUGAGACUGGAUAAAACAUAAUUAUUCUAAAAAUUUACUAUCUUUUGAUUAUUCACCAAUUCCAUAAAUUCCACUGAUCAAGUAUUCAUUUUGACUUUUGAUUAAAUGAAAGUUUGAAUUAAAAAAAAUGUUUUCCUCUUC